GGUUUGAGCUCAGGAUCUCAGGAGGGGAACAUGUGAGCAGGGAAUGGGUGACUGGAAACAGGAUUAUUGCUCUACACAGCAGAGAGACGCAGGAGGGACCCGGGACAGGAGAGACACGGGGACACUGUGACAAAUCCGAGGAUUUCCUCCCCCCCCUUUUCUCAAUUUUUACGCGUCAGAGAAAAAACGGUGGAUUGUCUGGCCAAAGAUGAACACCAUCGUCUUUAACAAGCUAAGCGGCCAGGUUCUGUUUGAGGAGAAAGCGAAGGAGGUGGAAAUGAGCAGCAGAAAUUACCUAGAAGUGAUCGACGGGCAGCAUCCAGACCUCCUCUCCAGCAACCAGACCAUCAGAGACAACCAGGCGAUCAGACACAGGCGGAGCGGGGGUCGUCCCAGUGGCGGUAAAGUCCGACACAAACGUCAGGCCCUGCAGGACAUGGCACGGCCGCUCAAGCAGUGGCUGUACAAGCACAGAGACAACCCCUACCCCACCAAGACGGAGAAAAUCCUCCUGGCACUCGGCUCCCAAAUGACCCUGGUCCAGGUAUCCAACUGGUUCGCCAAUGCCAGGAGGCGACUGAAGAACGCAGUGAGGCAGCCUGACCUGAGCUGGGCCCUCAGGAUCAAGCUCUACAACAAAUAUGUUCAGGGCAACGCAGAGAGGCUGAGCGUGAGCAGUGAUGACAGCUGCUCCGAAGAUGGAGACGCUCCUCAGAGGACACAGAGCAGCCCCGAGGAGCUCAACAAGCCCAUGUACCAGAGUGUGAUCAAGAAGGAGGGCUCCUCCAUGGUGGGGAUGGCCAUGGGUAUGGGUAUGGGCAUGGGCGCAGGGCUGCGUUCAGCAGCUGAAGCUGCUUCACUGGCCGAGGACUACGUGUCUCCACCCAAGUACAAGAGCAGCCUGCUGCACCGCUACCUGAACGACUCGCUGCGCCACAUCGUGGUGGCCAAUGCCGUCAUGAAACCACACUUGAAGGGGAAGCAUUCCGGUUCCUUCAGCUCCAACGAGUAUGAUGAUGAGCUGCUCUCGCCGUCCUCCUCUGAGGCUGAGGCGAACAUUGUUUAUCGGGCUGGGAGCAACAAUAAGGCAUGAUGAGCACACAGUAGCCACCAUUGUGGUCCGGUUCAUGAGGGGAGGAGUGGCCAACAGAAGUGGGUUUACAUAGGUCAAUGAAAUCCUUGUGGAUGACAAGAAACUGGAAAAAAUCAUUUGUAUUCUGGCCCAGUCACAAGGAGCCAUUACCUUCAAAGUUGUCCCUGGUGCAAAGGAAGAGGUGCCUAUCAAGGAGCCACAGGACAAAUCCAUGCUGCCAUUUUCUGUUGGGGGUUAAGCAAAACCUGUGAACCAGACACUCAACACAUCUUCCAAUUGUUUUACUUAAUUUAUGCAGAGGUAAGUACUUCUUCCUGCAAAUGUAAGUCUUCCUGGCACAGCUUUCUUACUGAAGUAAUAACUGACCAGGACGGCCUUAAACCUGCAUUUUUUUCUAAUUUCCAGCAAGGGGUGACUCCUGUGGUUGCAAAAAGAAGGUAUGCAUUAGAGUAGUUUUAGGGUAGUUUUAAAGUCAGAUCCACUGACUCACUCGUCCAGUUUAAAAACACCUAGAAUGAUGAUGGCCAAGAUAUUCAGAUUGAGGUUUUACAGUGGGACUUCAUAAACAAGUGAGUAGCCACAUCAUCAUCAUCUAUACUACUUCACUUCACUUAAUGUUAUUGCGCUUUCUAAUUUUCUCACACUUGCUAGCCCUGUGAUCUCUACUUUAUACCUUCUAGAUAAACCAUUCCUGUCCUCGCUUUGUCUCCUUGCCUUGUACAUAUUUAGCUAUUCCUAACCAUGUAACCAUAUAUUUAAGCCUAAUAAAAGUACAUUGGUUCUCCUGUGCAAUAUGCAACUUUUCUCCUUCCUUUCAUCCUGCCUUUUCCAGCCAUACAAAACCUCAGCAAGAUACACUACACUUGUACUUGGCUUUAUAAGCCUGCUUUGGUCUCACAAUGACCCCAUUGAACCAAAACCUAGUUCUUGUUGGCCAUAGUUUUCACUGUAGAUUACCACUUUGAGAUGGACAUGUCCAUUUGACUACUUGUUUCCUUCAGCAUGGCAGUGAGCCUUUAAUGUAAUGUGACUCUUUCUAUAUGAAACUCUGAAAUAACCAACAGAACAACACUGACCACCUCUAAACUUAGGUUCUCUUACCUCCGAUUCAAGCCUACGGGUGAAUUAUAGAUGUUGUCAUUUCCUGUUCAACUGCAUACUGGCAUACAUGGUAGUGGGUAGCAAAAAAUAGCCUGCUAAAAAGUUUUAGACUGACAGUGCUGCACUGUUCCCUUACUAUUUCAUUUUAAUGGCCCAGUUCCUCUUAUGAGUUAUGGGAUUUGUAACCUCCCAGCUAUAUGCACAGAGGGCAGGUGUAAAAUGUACUCUGCUAUGCUCCUGCUGUUAGUGAAUGGUGAUGGUGAUUGAAGAACUGGUCCUUUUCCCUCUCUCACUUGUUCCAGACCAGAAGCUCCAUCAGCUAGGACACUAAUGGUUUUGGCUGUGGCGAGUGUUGCUUAACCAUGUCCAUUUACGCUCAACAUUUGCAAGCUCCCUUCCAUCAAUACUUGGAUCUCCUUCCGCCUUCCAAAUAGCAAAGAUAAAACACAAGUUCGUGUGAACUGGUAGUGGACUCAGCUGCCUGACUUGUAAAUUUGAUAAUUACUUACACUCUUGGGGUGAUGAAGAUGAGGGUAAUAACAAGGAUGGUUUUGAUGGCCUGUUAUUCAGCAAUUGUCUGUGAUUGAAUUGGACUCCAACUGCAAUGUCCAACUUAGCAUCACUACCAGAUUUAUUUGGAAGAGAAAAUGAAGAAAAACAGUGAAGUUAUUACUCAACUUGUCCAAUGUAAACAUCUGUGACAGUUCACUGACUGACUUCUUGAUAAACUUGGACCAGUUACAGCAGUUGUGUCCACAUGCUGUCUGUUGGGUUUACUGUCAAAUAAAUAAGUGUAUUUAAUCUGGCUAAACUCUUGUUUACAGCUUGUCUGAUUGUCUGAGCCUUCGAGCUCUUUUCAUGUCGUCAAACCUGAUUUAUCCUUUAACAGUACGUCCACUCACCUUUCUGGUUUUCCUCUGUUCCAACAAUACCCUCAUCUCACCCCUUCUGCCAUCCUCUGUAGUGAACCUUUAGUCUGUGAGCAACAUGAGCUAUACCUCUUUAAUGUUUUUUUUCCUGACAUAUCCCAUUUACUAAUAGCAAGCAACCCAUCUGUGACUGGUUCCUCUUCAUAAUAUUUGUGUGUAAUGACAGUUUUGCCUCUCACCUCAUCUCUCCAUCCCUCCUGUCUCCAUUUAACCCAUGAAAGCUAUUCGUCAUUAAAGAGUAACAUCAGAUGUCAUGGUCAGUUCUUGACUCCAGCAGCCCAGAACGAGGUUUAAAUGAAUUGAGAGAACCUCGGGAGAAGCAGAAGAAAAAUAAGUUCACACUGGACAUCCAGAGAGACAGACAGAAGGAAGGAUGGAUGGCAGGCAGAAGGCUCUGAAGCAGUCCAAGCUUAACAAACUGAGGCUGGGAUAUUCAUCAGCACCUCACAAUCAAAUUAUGAAAGCUAUGGAAAAACAUUGAGAAGUGUUAUAAACUGAAAAUAAAAGCCCCAUUUCCAAAAUGAGAUGAGUUCAUCAGGGUACUGUGUGAGCCAGUACAUUGGAAUUAAUGAGUUUUUCCAUCAGUCUGUGUCCAAGUGCAGAACAGGCUCACUUCAUAAGAAUUAAAUGAUGUGCAAUUUAAUGAAUGACCAACAUCUGGAUACAAUCAGAGCAGGUAUAUGCACUGGCCAGACAGCUGUGCUUUUAUCAUUCUAAAUACAUACACACAGUAUAUACAUGUCAGUCUGGAUUGUCCUACUUUUCACUUGCUGUCUUUUCCUUGAAACCUUGAACCAUUUGGAAACCAGCUUAAUGAUCAGCUUAAUGUGGGCCACCAAUAUUAAGCAUAAUUAGCAAGCAGUGUGUUUAUGUAAUGUUAAAUGAUUGGCCAGUGUGGGUUUUUGCAUUUAAACUUCCAGAACUUUCUGCUUGCUUUAAAUAGGAUAUCACAGUAUCUCCCACUAGCUCAGAUUAUAACAAGUAAUAAGAUUAGUUAUCAUAACUAUGCAGAUGACACACAGCUCUAUAUCACGUUAUCACCAGGUGACUCAGAACCGAUCCAAGCACUGAACAGAUGCUUAGAACAAAUCAAUGUGUGGAUGUGCCAAAACCUUCUCCAGCUGAACAAAAACAAAACUGAAGUUAUUAUCUUUGGACCUAAAGAGUCAGCACGCAGCUUCAGCUACUACACUUAGAAACCUGUGAACAGGCCCGAAAUCUGGGUGUAAUAAUGGACUCAGACCUGAACCUUCAGAGACACAUAAAAACAGUUACAAAGUCGGCUGUCUACCAGCUGAAGAACAUUUCUAGAAUUAAAGGACUAAUGUCUCAACAAGAUCUAGAGAAACUCAUCCAUGCACUUAUCUUUAGCUGCAUUGAUUAUUGCAACAGUAUCUUCACAGGUCUGCCAAAAAAAUCAAUCAGACAGCUGCAGCUAAUCCAAAGUGCUGCUGCUCGUGUUUUUACUAAGACUAGAAAAAAAGAGCAUUUAAGACUUACCAUCGUCGUAUCAACUUUCCAGAACACUCAGGUCUUCUGGUUCCAGUCUACUUUGUAUCCCCAGAACCAGAACCAAACAUGGAGAAGCAGCUUUCAGGUUUUAUGCACCUUUAAUCUGGAACAAACUCCCAGAAAACUUAAAAACAGCCGAAACACUAAAUUCCUUUAAAUCAAGGCUGAAAACCCCACCUGUUUAGAGCUGCCUUUGAUUAGUAGUCCGCAAACGAAUCCAGGUGAAAGCAGCUCUAAACAAAACAUCUUAUUACACAUUGACCAUCUCCAUAUGAUUAUCAUGUGUAUCUGCUUGAUGGUUUAAUGAUUUUGUGUGAUGAUUCUGUUUUGAUGACUUAUUGUAAUUGAUUGAUUGAUGUUUUAUGUUCUUAUGAUGUAAAGCACUUUGAACUGCCUUACCACUGAAAUGUGCUAUACACGUAAAUUUUUACUUUAUUUUAACACUAAA